UUUCCAAAUAUUUUAGCAGUUUUGUUUGUCCAGACAUUUCAGUCCACCACUCUAUUCUGAACGCGACCCGACCCGACAAUGUCCACACCCGAAUCGCAACCCCCUUCCGAGGACGCAGCCUCGGUCAGCAAAAAGGCCGCCAAGAAGGAAGCCGCCAAGCAAGAGAAGCUUCGCCGCCGCCAAGAGCAAGAAGCCCUAGCCGCCGCCACUCGCUCUCUCGCCGUCGAUGACGAGCAGGACCCGCUGGCCGCCAACUAUGGAGACGUCCCGCUCAACGAGAUACAAUCGAAGACGGUGGAGGACGUCAGCCGAUGGACCGAGGUCGGCGCUCUGACGAACACAUCGGAGAACCGCUCGGUGCUGAUUCGAGGCCGAGCGCAGACGAUCCGAGCCGUGGGGAAGAACAUGGCGUUUGUGGUCGUCAGAGAGAGAGGCUUCACCGUGCAGUGUGUUGCCACGGUCCAGCCUGAUACCGUGAGCCGCCAGAUGGUGAAGUACGUUGCCGGUUUGAGCCGCGAAUCGAUUAUUGAUAUUGAAGGAGUUGUUUCUGUUCCUAGUGUUGAGAUAAAAGGCACCACACAGCAGGUGGAGGUUCAAGUGAGGAAAUUGUACUGUGUGAGUAAAGCUGCUGUGCUACCUAUUAAUAUUGAGGAUGCUGCUCGAAGCGAUGCUGAAAUCGAAAAAGCUUUGCAGGCUGGAGAAAAGCUUGUUCGUGUUAAUCAGGAUACACGCUUGAACAAUAGAGUUCUUGACUUGCGAACACCAGCGAAUCAGGGGAUCUUCAGGAUCCAGAGCCAAGUUGGAACUAUCUUUAGGCAGUUUCUGUUAUCUGAAGGCUUUUUUGAAAUCCACACGCCAAAACUGAUUGCUGGUUCAAGCGAAGGUGGUGCUGCUGUGUUUAGACUCGACUACAAGGGUCAACCUGCCUGCCUUGCCCAAUCACCUCAGCUUCACAAGCAGAUGGCUAUCUGUGGUGACUUUGGCCGUGUUUUUGAGAUUGGUGGUGUUUAUAGAGCUGAGGAUUCCUAUACCCAUAGGCAUUUGUGUGAGUUUAUUGGUCUUGAUCUUGAAAUGGAGAUCAAGAGUCACUAUUCUGAGGUGAUGGAUAUUGUUGGCCGUUUAUUUGUUACAAUAUUCGACACUUUGAACAAGACUUGUGAGAAGGAGCUUGAAGCUGUAGGGAGGCAAUAUCCCUUCGAACCAUUGAAGUACUUGCCAGAGACUCUACGCCUUACAUUUGAAGAAGGUAUUCAAAUGCUCAAGGAUGCUGGCGUUGAAGUGGAUCCUAUGGGGGACCUAAACACUGAGGCUGAGAGAAAACUGGGGCAACUGGUUCUGGAGAAGUACGGCACUGAGUUCUACAUACUCCACCGCUAUCCUUUGGCUGUGAGGCCAUUCUAUACGAUGCCUUGCCACGAUAAUCUUGCCUACAGUAAUUCAUUUGAUGUUUUUAUUCGAGGUGAGGAGAUAAUUUCUGGUGCCCAACGUGUGCACGUGCCAGAAUUACUGGCUGAACGUGCACAAGCAUGUGGGAUUGAACUGAAGACAAUUUCAACAUAUAUCGAUGCUUUCAGAUAUGGUGCACCUCCGCACGGUGGGUUCGGGGUAGGGCUGGAGCGCGUUGUCAUGCUUUUCUGCGGUUUGAACAACAUCCGCAAAACUUCUCUGUUCCCUCGUGAUCCACUUAGGAUUGCCCCUUAGUGUAUUAUUCAUUUUGGCAGAAUUCGAUCUUUAGAGAUCUUAAAACAUACUUAAUUUCGUUUCUGUUCUUUAGUUUGUGAAACUAUCAAUUCUUACAAGCGAUAAAUGCACAUUGUCAGAUGAUUGCGUCGUUUUUAUUGAUGUUCAGACGAUUUGAAGUGAAUGGAUGGAUGGAUGGGUUAGAAGGCAA